CAGACAUGCAUCGCCAACGGAAGGGACCGACAAGCAACAAACUGCAGCGAAGCAAAGCGCCACCACCACCUCCUCCCAAAAGCCCAGCGCACCACUUGACCCGCGCUUCUCGCGCCGCCGCCGUCGCCGUCGCCGUCGCCGUGUCCAUGGCGGGCGAGGCGACCACCACCGCCACCACCACCUCGUCGUCGUCGUCCACCCACCCGGCGCCACCCCCGGCGGCCGCGCUCCCGGCCACGCGGCGGGAAAUCCAGGCCGCCAUCGCCAAGGCCACCGAGCUGCGCGCGCUCCACGCCGCGCUCCUCCAGGGCCAGGGCGGCGGCGCCCCCAGCCGCAGCCCCGCCGCCGCGCUCAUCCGCUUCCCGCCGGCCGCCGCUUCGCCGGCGCUCUCCAAGGCCUCGGCGUCGGCGUCGGCGUCGGCCGCCGCUGUCGCCGAGGACUACCCCGUCUUCACUCCGACUUAUGAUGAAGAGCCACUUGGUGGAAUGAAUUAUAUUCGCCAAGACAACAGGAGCCUCUCUGAGAACUGGAGUGGGAUCGGUUUAGACCAUGAAGGUCAGGAGGAUGAGGUGGCUUUCUCAGAUUUUGACAAUCACAACACCUUCUCUUCAUCGAACAGUGAGCUUCACUUCUCUUCAUCAAAUGAGCAUCGGCGGAACAGAUUCGGAUGCAGAAACCACCCAUCCUUCCUUCAGCCUGCGCUCUCUGCUGACGGUUUCAUUAAAUCGGCUAGCAAGAGGACAGAUUUGGCAGAAUUUAAAGCUGUGACUACUUGCAACACUUGCAAGCCUGCAACAAUCAGUAGGCACCCUGAAGCUGAUGUCGAAGCUCUCAAGAACCUCAGCAGUAGAGUGCCGCAAUCAAACUACCAUCCCUCCAUAUGCUCAAGGCCAAGGCAAAAAGGGCCACAUAUUCUGUCAUGGCUCUUACCCAAGUCAAAGAGAAAAGUAAAGUCAGACAUGUCGCCAAACACCAUCGAAUGCGAGAACAUGUCACAGCUUCUCAAGGAAUGGGGGGUGUUCUCUCUAGAAUCUCUGAAAAAGGAGCUUGCUGAGGCCCAUGAACAUAGGGACGCUGCUCUUCAAGAAGCUGCAGAGAUGAAAUCAUCCUUAGGAGAACUGACUACAAAGCUAGUGAGCUUGGAAGAGUACUGCUCGGAACUGAAGAAGGCUUUAAAGCAAGCAACAAGCGCAAAGAACAUGAUAUCUCACUCAAAAAGGUCAGCCAGAUCGCUUGGAGUUAGUAGAGAUAAUUCUAUGCCCGUCAGUCAUGAAGUCAUGGUGGAAGGGUUCUUGCAGAUAGUAUCAGAGGCCCGCCUUUCCAUUAAACAAUUCUGCAAGGUACUAAUCCAACAAGUUGAUGAUGUUGACAAUGGGUUAUCAGAUAAGCUAAACUUGCUUCUGCAACCAUAUCAAGUAACGCUCACUGACAAGCACUCAAAAAUAGUACUGUAUCAUCUCGAAGCUCUCAUGAACCAAGUAAUGUAUCAAGAUUUUGAGAACUGCACGUUUCAGAAGAACGGUUCACCCAAGUGUCUCGACCCGAAGCAAGAACGCCAGGAGAGCUUUGCUUCAUUUGUCGCCCUGCGCAACUUGAGCUGGAAUGAAGUCUUGAAGAAGGGCACCAAGUACCACUGCGAGGAUUUCAGCCGUUUCUGCGAUCAGAAAAUGAGUUGCAUUGUCUCGAUGCUGAGCUGGUCAUGGCCGUGGGCUGAGCAGCUCCUGCAGUGCUUUUUCGUGGCUUCCAAGUGCAUCUGGUUGCUGCACUUACUGGCAUUCUCAUUCAGCCCACCUCUGAUGAUACUGCGGGUUGAGGAGAACAGGGCAUUCGAUCAGAUGUACAUGGAAGAUAUCCAUCUUGACAAGCAAAGGUCACAGAACCCAUGUGAAGUAAAGAUCAUGGUGACUCCCGGGUUCUAUGUCCAAGAUCGGGUGCUCAAAUGCAGGGUACUCUGCAGGUACAGCUAAAUCUUUGACACGAUGCUGAUUUAUCGUUUAGUUUCCUUUUGACCAAUUGAUGUUAGCUUAGUGGUAGCAUUUGUUCUGUUAAGUUGUAAAGCAUACAAGAAUGUCAGGAUA